GAUAAAUCUCGUAAGCUCACAAAAUUUGCAUAAACUGCCUUUGCCCUUAAACAGUUUCCAAUGAAUACCCAUCUCCCGCAUGAUCUCUCAUGAUUCCUGUCUCAAAAUUGCAGUCUUCUUUUCUUCUUUGUUUAUAAAAACAUGGGCAAUUUGUGCUCAACCUCAGCCUCGGCAGAGCCCACAGUCUCUCGUAGCUGGGACUGCAGUGCUGGACAAGGUAAUUAUACAUGGAAGCUUGAAGAGAAUCUAAUAGCUCUAAGUGCUGCGUUGCAGGAAUUGAGAAGUUUAAAUCAUGAUGUCGAGCGCAGGGUUGAACUUGAUGAAAGUCAAGGAGGAAAGGUGCUCGACGAAGUUCAACUCUGGCUUUCAAAGGCAGAAACUACUGUAGCAGAAGCUGAGGAAUUGAUCAAAGAUGGUCCUCAAGAAGUUCAAAAGCUGUGCUUUGCAGGCUACUUUUCCAAGAAUUGCAGGUCUAGCAACAAGUUUGGUCAACAAGUGGCUGCAAAACUUGAACAAGUAGUUGAUCUAAAGAGUGAAGCAGUUUUUGAUGCGGUGGCCUUUAAUCAACCUGUAUCUUCAAUAAGAUCUAAGCCCACAGUGGGCUUGGAAUCAACAUUGUUUGAGAUCUGGAACUUACUUGAAGCAACAGAAGUAGGAAUUAUUGGUUUAUAUGGGAUGGGUGGCAUAGGUAAAACCACAAUCUUGAAACAAAUUAACAACAGGGUCUACACGAUUGGUUAUGAUGUUGUAAUUUGGGUGUGGGUAUCUGCCGAUCACUCCGUCGAAAAGGUUCAGAAACAAAUUGGUGAAAGGAUAGGCCUUUCAAGUGAGCACUCAUGGGAGUAUAAACAUUUUGACGAGAAAGCUGUAGAUAUCUUCGGAGUUCUGAGAGGAAAGAAGUUUGUGUUAUUGUUAGAUGAUUUAUGGGAACGGUUGGAUUUGAUCAAAAUAGGGAUACCUUUGCCGACGGAAGAAAAUGGAUCAAAAGUAGUUUUUACGACUCGUCGUUUAGAUGUAUGUAAGAAGAUGAAUGCUCAAAAGAAUAUCAAAGUGGAGUGCUUAGCAAUGGAUCAAGCUUGGAAAUUGUUUCAAGAGAAGGUUGGAGAAGAAACCCUCGAUAGCCAUCCAUUAAUUCGAAUGCUGGCUAAAGAGGUGGCUGCAGGGUGUGGUGGGCUGCCUCUUGCACUAAUUACAAUUGGUCGAGCCAUGGCUUGCAAGAAGUCACCCGAGGAAUGGAGAUACGCACUUGAGGUAUUAAGGAGAUCUCCGCAUAAAUUUGCAAGAUUGGGAGAAGGGCCGUUUCCUCUUUUAAAAUUCAGUUAUGACAGCUUGCCUUCCGACUCAUUGAGGUCUUGCCUCUUGUAUUGUAGUCUGUAUCCUCAAGAUUAUGCUAUUUCCAAAGCAACAUUAAUAGAUUAUUGGUUUUGUGAGGGGCUUUUGGAUGAAUCUGAUAGCAUAAGCAGUGCUCGAAUGCGAGGAUACUACAUUAUUGGUGUUCUUGUUGAUGCUUGUUUAUUAAACGAAGACGGAGAAAAAUUUGUGAAGAUGCAUGAUGUAAUCCGUGACAUGGCAUUAUGGAUAGCAUACCAGUAUGAAGCAAGCGAAAAGAGAUUUUUUGUUCGAGCAGGUGUUGGAUUAGAGGCUGCGCCAGAGGUUGAAACAUGGAAAGGUGUAAGAAGAAUUUCCUUGAUGCAAAAUGGAAUUAAAGAACUAUCAUCAACACCAACAUGCCCUACUCUUCAAACUUUAUUUCUCAACAAAAAUUAUUUGCAGGUAAUUGGGAAUGACUUCUUCCAAUUUAUGUCUACUCUCAGAGUUCUGAACUUGUCAGACAAUAGGGGUUUAAGAAAAUUGCCAGAGGGAAUUUCAAAAUUGGUUUCUCUUGAAUUGCUUGAUCUAUCAAGGACAGGUAUAACAGAGUUGCCAAUUGAGCUCAAGAGUUCAAAAACUUUAAAACAUUUGAACUUGAGUAGCAUGUUGAAUCUCAAAAGAAUCCCACGAGGAUUGAUAUCCAGUUUUCCAAGCCUGCAAGUAUUUAGAAUGGUUUUAUGUGUUGCUUAUUAUUCAGAUGACAUGGAAGAAGACAAUCUCCUGCAGAAGGAUGGUAAUGAAGGUCUAUUAGAGGAAUUGGGGUGUUUGCAUCAUUUGAAUCUGCUGAGUAUAGAAGUAAAAAGUGUUUCAGCUCUUGAAAGAUUGUUGAGCAUCCAAACCAUACUAGGCUGCACUGAAGAGUUACUUCUUAGUGAUUUUAGAGAGUCAAAGUCAUUGAAUGUUUUAGCUUUAGCAAAUAUGGAGCAUCUAGAGAGACUAGAUGUUCACAAAUGUGACCAUUUGCAAGAGAUGAUGGUGCUGAAGUCAAUAGAAAGGGAACAGGAAGGAGGAUUUUCAACUAAUAUUCGUUGCUUUCCCACACUGAGCACGGUUUCUAUUUACAGAUGCCCAAAAUUGAGGGACAUGACCUGGCUUAUUUUUGCUCCACAUCUACGGUCUUUAUCGGUAGGGUAUUGCACAAAUAUGGAGGAAAUAAUGAGUGAAGGAAAAUUGGGUGAAUGUGCAGAUAUGCUUGAAAGUCCAUACCUGCCUCCAUAUGCAAAGCUCCGGACGCUUCAUUUGGAAGAACUACCAAUACUGAAGAGCAUAUACUGGGGAGCCAUACCCUUCCCAUGUUUGAGAGAAAUCACAGUAAUUCGCUGCCCAGAACUGCAGAAAUCAAAUCAUCAAAAUGAAGAGUGGUGGAAAGAGGUUAGAUGGAUGGAUGAUACCACUCAAAAUGCUUUUUUACCCUCUUUUAAGUCUCUUCAAUGAUGAAAUGCAGAAAUCGUAAAGAAUGCAAAGGCUUGGGCAGGUCCAUGCUGAGAAAAAUGAUAACCUGAUCUGUUUGUUUGAUGAUAGCUGCAUGCAUGUCAAAAACAAAAGUGGCAAGGAAGAAUGCUGGAAAGAUCUACAAUGGGAAGUUGCAGCCAUACCCCUUGAUGUUUUCCUUUUAUUUUCGUCAGUGUUAUUUAUUAUUUACUUCUGUCUUGGGUUUCUGGUAUUGUUAUUUUGUAUUUCUCCUGUCUUGUGUGGUUGUCUUGUUUGUUAUCACGUUCUGUAAUUAAAGUGUUUGGCAAGUAUUUGAUUUAUAUGAUCUGGUUUCUUAAUUUUCAAUGGUAAUUGGUGGGUUUAAGCGAGAGGAUUUCUUGCUUUCUUUUA